AGAAAGCUUAGUAUAAAAGUGAGAAUCAGUAGCAACAACAUUUCAUAAACAUCGCAAUCCACAAUCGCGAAUCGCCAAUCGCCAAUGAAGAUGAUCGAGGUUUCCCAAAUCGCUGCUGAGCAGCUUGUUCUCGAACUCAGCAACCCCGAUCUCCGAGAAAAUGCUCUUCUCGAACUCUCCAAGAAGAGAGAGUUAUAUCAAGAUCUCGCUCUGUUACUGUGGAAUUCCUUUGGCACCAUUGCAGCGCUUUUACAGGAAAUAGUUUCUAUAUACCCUGUUCUUUCGCCCCCAAAUCUUACUCCAGCUCAAUCAAAUCGAGUGUGCAAUGCUCUUGCUCUUCUUCAGUGUGUGGCAUCUCACCCUGAUACAAGGAUGCUGUUCCUCAAUGCUCAUAUACCUCUAUAUUUGUAUCCCUUCCUUAAUACAACAAGCAAGUCAAGACCAUUUGAAUAUUUGAGGCUUACUAGCCUUGGUGUCAUUGGUGCUUUAGUGAAGGUUGAUGAUACGGAAGUUAUAAGUUUCCUUCUUUCAACAGAAAUAAUUCCGUUGUGCCUUCGCACUAUGGAACUAGGAAGUGAAUUGUCAAAAACAGUUGCAACCUUUAUAGUUCAGAAAAUUCUUUUGGAUGAUGUGGGUUUGGAUUAUGUUUGUACCACAGCGGAACGCUUUUUUGCAGUAGGUCGAGUUCUGGGGAACAUGGUGGCAGCUCUGGCUGAGCAACCCUCAUCUCGCCUUUUGAAGCACAUCAUUCGUUGCUAUCUUCGUCUCUCCGAUAAUCGGAGGUUGGAUAACAGGGCUUGUGAUGCACUAAGAAGCUGUCUUCCGGAGAUGUUAAGAGAUGCUACUUUUAAUACCUGCCUUCGUGAAGACCAAACAACUAGGAGGUGGCUACAGCAGUUGCUUCACAAUGUUGGAGUGAAUAGGGUUCCUCCACUACAAGCCGGAGCAGGAUUCGAUCAUAAUAUGAUGGUGGCGUGAGGACGAGUUCUCGCUUCAUCACGGAUCUUCGAUAUCACCCUUUAUGGCCCAUUUAUGAAACUUGAGAGAUAAGUUUUGCAAUCAGUGAUGAUUUUGUAUCUAGUCAUAUGGUGGUUCUUUUGGUUUGGAAAGGUUGUAGUAGUGGUAAUAUUUUAGUAGACUUUUUUAGGUGGUGGUUUCUUUCUAUACUCCACAAUGAUGAUUUC